AUCUUACUCUCGAAUUCCAAUCAUGCUCUUACCUCGCGAUCGCUGUUAUUGGAUAUGGCUUCUCGUCUUCCUCCUACUCCACGCAUCUCCUUCCUGGUUCGCCUUGUCGACGUCGCAGCUGGAUCCUCUUUCCUCGGCUAAGAGGAGGCAGAUGAGGGAGAAAGUUCGAGAAAUGUUCUAUCAUGCUUAUGAAAACUACAUGACCCACGCAUUCCCGCAUGAUGAGUUAAAGCCGCUUACCAAAAGCUUCACUGACUCCCUUAGUGAACUUGGAAAUCUUAAGCUUGAACACUUACCCAAAGACUAUAAUGGAUCUGCCCUGACUCUCAUUGAAUCUUUGUCCAGCCUUUUUAUCAUGGGUAAUAUUACAGAAUUUGAUCGGGCGGUUCUCUGGCUUUCUGAAAAUUUGACAUUUGAUGUUGAUGCAAGGAUAAAUCUUUUUGAGUGCAACAUAAGAGUUCUUGGAGGACUUAUUUCUGCUCAUAUUCUUACAACCAGUUCUACGAACAGGUUGGAUCAAGGAGCUUACAAUAACCAGCUGCUUCUGUUGGCUGAAGAUUUGGGGCAACGCUUCUUACCUGCUUUUGAUACACCAACAGGGUUGCCAUAUGCAUGGAUUAAUUUGAAGUAUGGAGUUACGGAGAAUGAGACUACUGAAACAAGUACCUCUGGCUGUGGUUCUUUAAUUCUUGAAAUGGGAGCAUUGUCACGGUUAACUGGUGACCCCAGAUAUGAAUCUGCAGCUUUACGUGCUUUGCGUAAAUUAUGGAGCAUGCGCAGUUCACUGAAUUUACUGGGAACAACACUAGAUGUAGUAUCUGGGGAAUGGAUUGAACAUUCUUCUGGUAUUGGUGCUGGGGUUGAUUCAUUUUAUGAGUACCUAUACAAAGCUUACAUUCUUUUUGGAAAGGAAGAUUAUUGGAGAAUGUUUCAUUCAGCAUAUCUAGCAGUGCAAAAACAUUUCAGACAUGGUCCAUGGUACCAUGAAGCUGACAUGAGGACAGGAAAGGCAACUUAUUGGCAGCUUACAAGUCUUCAAGCCUUUUGGCCUGGUUUGCAGGUUCUUGUUGGGGACAUUACAGCUGCUAAUUCAUCGCAUCGUCAGUUUGUUCAUGUGUGGGAGAAAUAUGGAGUAUUACCAGAAAGGUAUCUGCUUGAUCAUCAGAUGUUACAUCCUACAGAAAAGUAUUAUCCUUUGCGUCCUGAAUUAGCAGAAUCCACAUUCUAUUUAUACCAAGCAACAAAAGAUCCGUGGUACAUGAAAGUUGGUGAAUCAAUUGUGAAUUCCCUAAAUCUGUACACCAAAGUGGAAGGAGGAUUUGCAAGCGUCAGGGAUGUAACAACUAUGCAAUUGGAAGAUCAUCAACAUAGCUUCUUUCUUGCCGAAACUUGCAAGUAUUUGUACCUUCUCUUUGAUGAUUCGUUUUUGGUGGACCGGAACUACAUAUUCACUACUGAAGGUCAUCCUCUUCCAGUGCUAAGUUCUUGGCAUGAGAAGUUACCAGAGACUUACAUACCAACUAACUGGACUUAUGUGAAGGGCAAAACGCCAGCAAAAAAAGCCAGUGCUAUGUCUCGACAACUCUGCCCUGCUACAACACUAAGGUCAGGAUAUGGAAGCCAGCAGAUUGAGAGUGCAUGCCACAUCCCUGAUGCUCGUGGUGACCACAGGUGUUUCAGUGACGAUGACUGCGGAGUUGACUCAACUACUUGUAGAAGAAGAUCUUGUAGCAUUGCUGGAUACUGUGGGCUGUGGUUGUUCAAAUGAUAACUGGAUGGAGAAAAUUUGCGGAACUUUCUUCAAAAUAAACUUCAAUGAAAGAUGUACCAAAAAAAAAAAAACUUCAAUGAAAGGAAAGUUUCCACAAAGUUGUGAAAUACAAUACCAGAAGCCUGUACAAGAAGUAGAAAAAGGAGAAAGGGUAGAAACACAUGUUACAGAAAUUCUCACACCAUUAGUUGAUCUAGUCUAGGUAUGUACGUUGUAUUGAAUUAUGCUAAUUGACUUGCCAUUACAUUCUUGUAUCUGCUAUUCAAAUUUUGAUUGCAGCGUUUAUAGAAAACUCAUAGAAAUAAAAUUCUAAUUUCUGC